AUGUAUUACGGAGAUUAUACACAAGGAACAAUUCUUCCGGCUCCAAAUUUUAACCCUAUAAUGGAUGCCCAGUUGCUAGGAGGAGCCCUACAGGGAAUUUGUUGUGAAAAGGAUGUGCUGAUUGAAAUCCUAACUCAGCGUUGCAACUCCCAGAGGCUCAUGAUUGCCGAGGCAUACAGAGACAUGUAUGGCAGGGAUUUGAUAACAGACCUAAAAGAGAAUCUCUCUCAUCACUUUAAAGAAGUUAUGGUUGGCUUGAUGUAUCCACCUGCCUCCUACGAUGCCCAUGAGCUUUGGCAUGCCUUGAAGGGAGUAGACACAGAAGAAAAAUGUCUAAUUGACAUAUUAGCCUCAAGAUCAAAUAUGGAGAUCUUCCAGAUGAAAGAAGCCUACCUAAUGCAAUAUAAUUCUGAUCUUCAACAAGAUAUUGAUUCUGAGACUUCAGGUCACUUCAGAGAUACACUCAUGAACCUUGCUCAGGGAACAAGGAUGGAAGGAUAUGCAGACCCUUCUACAGCUGCUCAGGAUGCAAUGAUUCUAUGGGAAGCAUGCCAGCAGAAGACAGGCGAACACAAAAACAUGCUGCAAAUGAUUCUCUGCAACAGGAGUCAGCAGCAGUUGUGGAUGGUUUUCCAGGAAUUCCAAAAUAUCUCUGGGCAAGACAUAGUAGAUGCCAUUAAUGAAUGUUACGAUGGAUACUUUCAAGAAUUACUGGUUGCAAUAGUUCUCUGCAUUCGUGACAAGCCUUCGUACUUUGCUUACAGGCUUUAUAAUGCAAUUCAUGACUUUGGGUUUCACAAUAAAACAGUUAUUAGGAUUCUCAUUGCCAGGAGUGAGAUAGACUUGAUGAACAUACGCCAGCGAUACAAAGAGAGAUAUGGGAAAUCACUCUUCCAUGACAUUAAACAUUUUGCUUCAGGGCAUUACGAAAGUGCUUUACUUGCUGUCUGUGCUGGUGAUACAGAAGAUUAUUAAGAAGAUGUACUCUGAAGGCUGUGCAAACCUAUUUUAAAUAGAAAUUGAAGUAAUAUGCAAUGCACU